AUGAGUGCAGCACAAACCACCUUGCACUCCUCUCACACGCCUCCAGGGAUGUGUUGGGGAACCGCUGCACCUAAACAAAUAUAUAUGGUAUCAGCAACGAUAAGAGAGUUGCCUACAACAGUGAAGCCAGUUACAGAAUCAAUUAAUUUGACAACUACAUCAACCACAGUGAUGAUGCCACCUUUGACAGAUAAGUCAACCAUAGACCAACUGGUUACUAUUAAGCCAAUCACAGGACAACCUACGACGGCAAAUCUUAAUACAGAGCAACCUGUUACUGUAACCCAAACGACUGGGCAAUCUUUGACUGAAAUGCCAAUAACAGAGCAACCUGUAACUGAUAAGGCACCCAUAGGCCAGCCUACAACUGACAAGUCAACCAGCGGUGAUCCAAUAACUGUUAAAUCAACCAUAGAGGAAAAUCUGACAAAUAAGCCAACUGCAGGACAACCUGCAACUGAUAAGCCAACCACAGAGCAGCCUGUCACCAAGGAGUCGUCGAAGCAGGCUGUGACGGUAAAGCCAACUCAAAUGGAUGAGCCAACCACAGGCUUACCGGCAACUCAACCGAAUCAAGAGUCAACUGCAAACCCCCCGAGCGCGACAAAUGCGACACAAUCAGUUGCAGAUGAGCAAGGUAUGAUGGCUGUCAUCAUAAAAGUCAUGUACGAGUGUUUGCAGCACAAACCACCUUGCACAAGAGACACGAAUUUAAUCGAAGUAUCAAAUACAAGUAUAGAAUUCCUGAAUUCUGUCCGCUAUGAAAAAUGUGUACAUUACACUGCUUUUAAUGGCAUACGGGCCGACAUCGACAACAGAGCCACCACCGUCUAUACAGUCUACAGUGUCAAAGGGAACAUCAGCACAACCUUCUACACCGAAACAAACACAACCAGCAGCAUCAACACUGACAAAUUCACGGCCUCCAGUUUCGACACAGACAUCUGUGCAGCCUCUGACACCGACACAGAUAUCAGUGCAACCUUCGCAGACAUCGGCGCAGACAUCAAAGUCGUCACAGCCCUCAACGCAGUCUGCAACUUCAACGAAACCACCAAUGCAGACCACGAUGUCGACGACGACGUGACACAGACACCAACGCAAACCACGACGUCGACACAGACACCAACGCAAACUACGACGUCGACACAGACACCAACGCAAACCACGACGCCGAUACAGACCUCCACGCAAACCACGACGUCGACGUCGAUGCAACCUGCAACCUCAUCCCAGACAUCACCGCAGACUUCAACAUCGACGCAGACCUCAGCCAGCACUACUGCAGCUGCAAUUCAACCAAGAUUCUUCUGUGAGAACUGUGGGUCGGUCCCUUCCGCCUCGGGAGCGCGGAUCGUUGGCGGGCAGGACGUCUCGGUCGGGGAAUACCCUUGGAUGGCGCUCGUCUACGUGAGUCGCAGCAGCGGGAAAGUCUCGAUCUGUGGCGCCUCUCUCAUCAAGUCUCGGUGGCUCUUGUCUGCGUCUCACUGCUUCUAUAAAAUUGUGUACGAUUUGGUGGCAGUAUUCCUUGGCGACCACGAUAUCACGAAUAACACGGAAGUGCCCACUACCAUUGGAUCUGUCAAGAGCAUUGUCUUACAUCCGCAGUUUGACCCUAAAACGUUCGACAACGACGUGGCGCUGAUCGAGCUCCAGGCGGACGUCGCCUUCACUCCGCUGAUCGCGCCCGUGUGCCUGGCGGCGGCCGAGGACGCGGAGGGCGCGACGAAGGCCGUCGCCACCGGCUGGGGCGACACGUCCUUCGGAGGCGACCUCUCCCCAGUGCUGCAGGAGGUGGAGCUCGACCUCAUCUCCAACGCCGAGUGUCGAAACUUCUUCAAGCAGACAACAGUCACCGUCACCGACAACAUGAUGUGCGCCUACACUGAGGGCAGGGACGCAUGUCAGGGCGACAGCGGCGGGCCCUUGGUGAGGCAGCUCGCCGACGGCCGCUGGGUCCAGCUGGGCGUCGUCAGCUUCGGCGUCGAGUGCGCCAAGGUCGGCAGCCCCGGCAUCUUCACGCGCGCGCAGCGGUACGUCGACUGGAUCGUUAACGUCACGACGUCAGACGGCUGCUAGGACGCGGAUAUAAUUCUUGUAGCUCUAUUUAUAUCUAUGAAGA